ACGCCGGCUCAAUCGGUGGUGCGGUCCAGUCGAGACGCGAACGCGCGCAUUGUUAAAAUGAUCAGCUCCACAUCGUCUCUCGUACGCAAACUUCGAAAUUUCCGGUUUCUGUCAGCCAACAACAGUAGCAUCCGUCGCCAGUUCGUUUGUGGACGCACUUCACAAACUUUUGCCGAACUUUUCAGCGCUCAAAAUCCGUUUGUUUCGGUCGGUCGUAAUUAAUCAACAAGUCGAUUUCGACGUGGAAUUGUCGGGAAAGGAUUCGAGUACUUCUUCUUGUGCUUGCACACGGUCCGGUGGCAAAGAAAACGAGUUUUUUUAAAUCGGUUCACGUCCGAAGAGAGGACUUCUCCGGCCGUAAUUUAAUAAAUCUUCAUAAAUUUGACGUUAAAAUUCCCGGCGACAAUAAAUAACACUUUAAUAUAUAACGCUCAUUAAAAUCAAAUCAUCAUUUUUUCCUCUCUUCGCGCUCUCUCAUCGGCGUGGAAAAAACCAACAAAAUAAAUCCGACUUUCUUAUCGCAUCAAUUUACUGCAGCCAAUUAAAAACCAUGCCGCGCGACACGAUUACAUUCAUAAACAUGGCUAAUUUGCAGACAUUAUUCACACUUGUUUCCACAUUGCGCGUUAAAUAUUCGCGCCUAAAUGAGUAAUUAUCUAAUUAGCGCGAACUUGUCCGGCGCGUCCGUCCAAGUGUGACUUGAUAAACAGUACCAGAAUCGUCAUCUCGCGCACAGAGUGAUUAUCAAAUAUCAAAAUGAAUGUGUCCGAAGACGAAGAAAUCGGCAACUUGACCGAGCACCCAGCGCUGGAUAACCAAUCUGGCUUGGAUCCGAACAUCGAUUCAUUUUAUUUCUACGAGGCUGAACAGUUCACCGUAUUAUGGAUCCUCUUUGUUGUCAUUGUCGCUGGCAAUUUCGGCGUGCUCAUCACGCUCUACAGCCGAAAGUCACGCAAAUCCCGGAUGAACUUCUUCAUCAGUCACUUGGCUUUAUCAGAUUUAUUAGUGGGACUCAUCAGUGUGCUCACCGACAUUGUCUGGCGAAUGACGAUCUCAUGGAACGCCGGAAAUAUCGCAUGUAAAUUGGUGAAAUUCCUGCAGGUGGUGGUAACCUACGGAUCGACGUAUGUGUUGGUAGCGCUGAGCAUAGAUCGCUAUGAUGCAAUUAGACAUCCGAUGAAGUUCUCUGGCAGUUGGAAGCGAGCCAAAUGCCUAAUCAUAGCAGCUUGGCUCUGCAGCAUUAUUUUCUCCACGCCGAUAUUAAUGCUGUACGAAGAAAAAUCCAUUCAAGGCAAGCAGCAGUGUUGGAUCGAUUUCCCCGAACUGUGGCAUUGGCAGCUGUACAUGUGUCUGGUUUCCGUGUCGCUUUUCAUCAUACCCGCGGCGAUCAUCGCCGGCUGCUACGCGUUCAUCAUCCUGACGAUAUGGUCCAAGAGUUCCGUCACCAUGACCAAGAGUAAGAUCAAAGGCUAUCUAGGUUCUGAUAAUUCACGACGCGUGAGCUCCAGGGGGUUGAUCCCACGUGCAAAAGUUAAGACUGUUAAAAUCACUCUAGUGAUAGUUAGUGUAUUUAUCCUGUGUUGGAGUCCGUACAUCAUCUUCGACCUGCUACAAGUAUUUGGCUAUAUCCCACAAACUCAAACCUACAUCGCCAUCGCAACAUUCAUCCAGAGUUUAGCUCCACUUAACUCCGCUGCUAACCCAAUCAUCUACUGCAUCUUCUCAACACAUUUCUGCAAACUGCUCGGAAAUAUCCCGCCAUUCAAAUGGAUGGAUUGCAAGAAGAAGGUGAAGAAGUCGCGUGACUACACGAUGACGACCACCACGACCACCAUGCAUACCCAGAGCAGUUCGUUAUCGGAGGUGUUGACGAAUAACACGACGACCGCCAAGCGUUCGUCUGCGUCUAUCGCGGACGACACGCGCAUGAUUAAUCACAUCCCUCUGGUAUCCGUACACUAAUUAAUUUGUCGAAUGAUUAAUUAUGUCGUGUGCGAUUCGGUUAUGUUAUAUAUGUGCGCCGGCCGGCCGACUGUUUUGCAUUCCGGUCAAUGGAAACAAGUGACAUGCAGGAUGAUGAAGGCUCUGAUGUCGGUGGCAUGAAUCAUUAGUUGUAGUAAGUGUCUUUUUCCAUAGUUGACAAAUUCGACAAACCGAAUGUUUGUAAAGCGGCAAAACCCGGUCAGGAUGAUAUACAAUGUAUGAACUUUUGUUUGGAUAUUUCUGUUCGUAGUAAUCACAACUCGCUGUUAUAAAAUAAACUUUAUUGUAAAUGGAAAGACUGGCAAGGAAACGUACUGUGAAUUUGUAAUACAAGAUGGCACCAAUUGCUGUUGUUGUUGUUGUUGUGAGUCUAGGAAUGGCGAAGCAUAAACAAUAACGCUCGUUAUUGGUAUAUCAAUGUGCGAUGGUUUAUAAAAUAUUUAUAUUUAUAUUUUGUGUACCUACUACUAAUGUGGAAAAAUGUAAUACCUGCAUAAUCAUCAGCCCAUCAGCCGAUACAACUGAAAUAUAACUAUUCAUGUAUUCAUGUUGUAGGCAUAUUGCUCCCAAUGUGCCAAAUGUAUAAAUGUUUAUUUAUUUAAUAAAAAAAACUAUAUUCCCAGCAA